GGAUGUGGCUGCAGAACUUGCUUUUCCUAGGCACUGUGGUCUACAGCCUUUCUGCACCCACUCACACAGCCAGCUCUGUCACUCAGCCCUGUCAAAAUAUGGAUGUCAUCAAGGAGGCCCUGAGCCUUCUGAGACACAGUAAUGAUACUGAUGCUGUGCUGAAUGAAAUGGUAGAUGUCGUCUCUGAAAUGUUUGACCCUAAGGAGCCAACAUGCCUGCAGAGACGCCUGGAGUUGUACGUGCAGGGCCUGCGGGGAAGCCUCACCAACACCAACCUCAAGGGCCUCUUGACUAUAAUCAACAGCCACUAUAAACAGUACAGCACUCCCACCCCAGAUCCUUUCUGUGAACCCCUGAAUGUCACCUUCAAGAGCUUCAAGGAGAAUCUGAUAACGUUUCUGUCUGUACUCCCCCUUGACUGCUGAAAGCCAGUCCAGAAAUGAGGCUGGACCACUUAACUGAGAUCAGCCUGGGGAAUCUACCUCACAGAUCGCUGCCUUCUCACCCACACAAGACUCAGGAUCUUCACUUUGGAGGGACCAUGGGUGGGCAAGGGCUGCAAGGAGCACUGACAUGCAAACUCUCUUCUGAUGCAAGCAU